UAUAAAAAGCCGGGCGCACGUGCGACGUGCGGCUGUUAUUGAUGUGUUGGGGUGGUGGAUCCGUGUUGGAAUCCGGCCAGGGGUUGUUGACCGAGGGUUCAGUACAACUUGUACGUACAGCGGCAGUGACGAAGACGCGUUAUAGCGACAAGACAGAAUGCUUCUGCUCGAGUACAACGGCGAGCCCCUGUCCGUGUCCCGCUUGCUGGAGCCCAGCGACGUUUGGGACGCGGCAGGGCACACGCCGGCCCACCUCGCGGCUCGAGGAGGGCACGCGCACGGCCUCUUCAUGUUCCUGCAGGCCGGCAGCGACGUCAACUCGCAGGAUCAUGUGGGCGAGACCGUUAUGCACAAGGCUGUGCGAUCGGGCAGUGCAGCGUGCGUGGGGCUCCUCCUCUCAUGCGGGGCCCAUCUACACAUGAGGAACCAUGCAGGCCAAACCCCGCUGGAGCUGGCGCAGGCCUGCGGAAACCUGCAGCUCAUUGCCACCCUGUCGUGCGCCGCACAGACCUCCGGCAGUCGUGCCACUGCUUCCACUGGCCAAGCUCUGGGCCUCCUAAAGAGAGGCCAUGGGUCCGCGCACACUCAGGGCACGUGUCUCAAGCGGUCCCGAUUUUAAAAGCCACUAUCCGGUGUGGCCUUCUGGACUAGGCAGCAUGUUGAGCUCAACCCUGCGGCCUUCCCUGGAAAACCACAUUUGGAUUAGGAGUGGCUGCGAAAACCUACUUGCUAAAAAAAACACUGUUUACUCUUUGUAAAAAUAUCUAUCUACUGUUUUAUUCAGGUUCUAACCUGAGUGGAUAAACAACCCCAUAGUUGGACCCUCCUCAAAGUGAGGCUUUCCUGAAAAUAUACAUUACACUUUAAAUAAGCUGUGAAUUAUUCAUGUGCUCUGUAUGACGGAACUACAUUUUUUUUAAGUAGGUUUUUUUCGAGCAGCUUUCUCGUUGUGACCACUUAUCAGUUAUCUCUCCAUGGCUUUUAUCAAAUUGCAUUGUUAUUGCUGGUUUGUGUUUGAUAUUUACUCAUUCAGGGACAGCUUUGCUCACUUCAUUAUGCAAGUUUCAAGUGUAUUUUGCUUAACAGGAGAGUGGCCGCUGGAUUAGAAACUUGAACCUUUGUAACGAGCGGCGAAAUGCGCGACCAUUAGGCCAUGCACUUGCCAAAGUAUGUCGAGCUUGCAAACUCGACUACAUGCAAACAAUCAAGCAUUGGUUUGGCAGUAGUGCCGAAGUACAGAUUUAAUAACAUGCCACAUUUCUAAUUAAUACUGCCUUAUUAACAGAAUUUUUUUUGAGAAAAUGCUGACAUUUGAGCCUAAUCUGCUUUAACGAAGGACCAGUGCUCAAUAGGAUGAUGCCUAGUACAGGAUAUGUUAUUUUUACAUAUUUAGUGAUUAUUUUAUUUAUUAUAAGGCAGUGGUAAUGAUGAAUCCAAUGAGGAUUUUUUUCUUUUCCCAGCUACUUCUGCAGUUCGUUUUAAACAAGGUUUUCAAUACUAAUCCACUAGAGGGCGUUCCAGUUAAACAGACGUCGGUGACUGCGAUCCAAAAUCACUUGCAUAAUGUUUACAAAAACGUGUGACCACUACCAACGUAUUCAGAUGUGUUUUUGCUUGACUUACAACAUUAAUAAGCCUCCACGUAACCAGGUUUUAAAUGAAGCGAUUUAAAUGCACGGGGAACACCGUUUGUUUCACACUUUUAGUGUAAACUCUGGAAUCUAAAACGUUGGAACAUUUUAUAUUUUGCAGAGAAAAUAAAGACGAUGCACUGCUCUUUAAACGCUUAGGAUAAAAGGGAUUGAAAAGUUUAAUUUGCAAUCGCUGACAUCAUUUGGAAUGAACCACAAACAUGUGAAAAAUAAAUAUGAUGUACCCUUUCUUGCAAUACAUACGGGUGUUAAGAUGUUCAAACAUCAAAUAGACAUUGCAAGGCAUUCAGUCUGCAUUCACCACACGUGCUUGUGGUAAAAACGGUGCAUGUUUUAACUUGCGUUUCACUGAAUUAAACUAUGCUCUUAUACAAAUUACAAAUAUGGGGGCAUUUAACAUGUAUAUAAAUAGUUGCAACUUGUAUGUAUAUAAUUUCCGUACUUACAAAUGUUUUACAAAAGGCUCCAUAAGGUGUUUUGCAAGUGUUUACAUGGCUUGAUAAAAUAGUUUUAUUUGUCUUUAUAUUGUAUAUAUAUACUGACUCUGUGUACUGUGUUUACACAACCGAAGUGUUUUAAUAAAUGCUUAACCAUCA